GGCAGGCGGCAGCCAUAUUAUCAGUGAGGUGUCAGUAUUGUCUGAACGUGACGGGAUUUUUGGGUGUGGAUCAUACAAUUUCCUGUCGUUUUCUGCCGCGGGUAUAGUGCAAGUGCAGGUGCCACCGGCCUACCGUGAAUGUGUGGCACAUGUGUUAUAGGAUUCAUAUCUUAUAAACACAAUAAUAUUAAUAUUUUUGUUGUUUAACUCGGGAAGACAAAAGCCGCCACAAUGCCGAAGACGAUGAACGUCAGGGUGACGACAAUGGACGCCGAGCUGGAGUUUGCGAUUCAGCAGACGACCACCGGGAAGCAAUUAUUCGAUCAAGUUGUAAAGACGAUCGGACUACGGGAGGUGUGGUUUUUCGGACUUCAAUACACGGACAAUAAGGGCGACUUGACGUGGAUUAAACUUUACAAGAAGGUGCUACCGUGUGGCCUUCGAAAAAUCUGGCACGUGAUGAACCAGGAAGUCAAGAAGGAGACUCCGUUGCAAUUCAAAUUCCGCGCCAAGUUCUAUCCGGAAGAUGUUGCGGAGGAGCUCAUCCAAGACAUCACGCUGCGCCUUUUUUAUCUUCAGGUGAAGAACGCCAUUCUUACGGAUGAAAUCUACUGUCCUCCGGAAACGUCUGUACUAUUAGCUUCCUAUGCGGUCCAAGCGAGGCACGGUGAUUAUCAAAAAGGUACACACACCGCUGGUUUCUUAAUGAACGACCGUUUGGUACCACAACGUGUCGUGGACCAACACAAGAUGAGCAAAGAGGAAUGGGAAAGUUCGAUCACUAAUUGGUGGCAGGAGCAUCGUGGAAUGUUGCGCGAAGAUGCUAUGAUGGAAUAUCUAAAAAUUGCUCAGGAUCUGGAAAUGUACGGUGUGAACUAUUUCGAGAUACGAAAUAAAAAGGGCACAGAUCUUUGGCUAGGCGUCGACGCGUUGGGAUUGAACAUAUACGAGAAGGACAAUAAAUUAACGCCAAAAAUCGGUUUCCCCUGGUCCGAGAUCAGAAAUAUAUCGUUCAACGAUAAGAAAUUCAUUAUUAAGCCGAUCGACAAAAAGGCGCCGGACUUCGUAUUCUUUGCGACUAGAGUUAAGAUUAAUAAACGAAUCCUGGCCCUUUGUAUGGGAAACCAUGAACUGUACAUGCGUAGACGCAAACCAGAUACAAUUGAUGUGCAACAAAUGAAGGCUCAAGCAAGAGAAGAGAAGAUCGCGAAGCAACAACAGAGAGAAAAGUUGCAAUUGGAGAUCGCUGCGAGAGAACGGGCGGAGAAGAAGCAACAGGAAUACGAAGAGAGACUUAGAAAUAUGGCAGAGGAGAUGGACAGGCGGCAAGCUGAAUUGAACGAAGCUCAGGAAAUGAUCCGACGUUUGGAAGAGCAACUGAAACAGUUGCAGGCUGCGAAGGAAGAGUUGGAGGAUCGCCAGAAAGAACUCACGGCUAUGAUGGAGAAACUGGAACUUUCUCACGAAAUGGAAGCAGCAGAGCGUGCUAAGCUCGAGCAAGAAAUAAGAGCCAAGCAAGAAGAGGUACAACGUAUACAAUCAGAAGUGGAGGCUAAGGAUGCAGAGGCAAGGAGACUGCAAGAAGAAUUUGAGGCUGCCAAUAGAUUGAGGCAAGAGGAAGCUGAUCGGGCAUAUCAAGCUAAUACAACGCCCCACCAUCAUCACGUUGAAGAAAAUGACGAGGGUGAGGAGGAGGGUGAAGACGAGGUGCCUCACGGCGACGUUACUAAAGAUCUAGCAACUGACGAGUCUAUAAUCGACCCAGUCGAAGAACGGCGCACCUUAGCGGAAAGAAACGAACGUCUUCACGAUCAGCUUAAGGCAUUGAAGCAAGAUCUUGCACAGUCACGCGACGAAUCGAAGGAGACUGUUAUGGAUAAAAUUCAUAGGGAAAACGUUCGUCAGGGCCGUGACAAAUACAAGACGCUCCGUGAGAUUCGCAAAGGCAACACUAAACGUCGCGUCGAUCAAUUUGAGAACAUGUAAAUUAUGUAUCCAUUUGCCUCCUAUUCGCCUGCCUGUUUCAUCCUACUUUGAAUUCUCUUCCAAUUUUUUCGCGAACACAUGGAACUCGGUAAUCGCUAAUUUAUGAAAAAGACAUAACGGAUUAUUCUCUGAAUUGAUCUACAGAAAGACAAUUUUGUGAAACGUCAAACGUGUUAUCGUUUUAGAAUAUUUUCCUUUUUUUUUUUUUUUCGAGAUGUUUUGUGGUAGAAGUCGCUUCCAAUUUACAACGAUCUACGUAGUUUAUACGUGUACGAAUAUUUUUCGACGUUGAUUCUAUACUCUGAAGUACAGUUUAAGCAUGAAAGCUCUCAUGGAUUGGCAAGGAACGCGACGAGCGACCAACUUGCGCCGUCUUCCAUAAUCUGCUUCCAUUGUAAAGAAGUUUUUUCGUGAAAGAAAGAAAAAAAAGAAAGAAGAAUGUUUAUAUAUUUUUUCAUAACAAGUAAAUUUUCUUGCUGUUUUAGCUACAAAUUUAUUUAACGUUGAAUCGUAAUAACCUUCGUUAUCUUAGCUGAUGUUGCUAGCUGAUGUUGUUUUCUUUUUUUUCUAAUUAAAGAUCUUUUUGCUAAAAUAACAAGAAAAUGCGUGAAUAUUAUUUUAUUUUUAUCUAACAAUUAUACACAGUUUCUAAGCACCGGCGCGCCAGUAUUUUCUUUCUCAAAGUAUUACUGUUGGUCACCGAGCGUAACGCCACACAUGUUGACUCUUCCCCGCUGGUUACCUAUUUCGUCGCGGUCCUUAUCACGUCGCGUACUGUCCGUCCUUGAUAAGGAUUUGCCCGACUAAAAAUAUUUUAUAUUGUUAUUUGUGUCAUCGCUUGCUUUCGUUAACGAAUAUAAUUAUUAAUUUUUUUUUUUGUCGAUAGCGGUCGCUCCUACAUCCAUCAAUAUUUUCAUCUUUUAUUAUUACUCGUCGUUUUAUCAUUUAUGAUUUGGUAGAUAUAAUCGGAACGAUAGACGAGUUAAUAUUUUUAAAGCAGCACGGUGCAAUCACCAUUAUUAUUUAGUGAGUUAUAAGUAAUAUUCAAAUAGGUUGGAUAAUGUACACGCGACCGCUUAAUUUAUGAAACCCGAAUGAUAUCCGUCUUUACAAUAAAUAUAGAGAGGUUAAGCACGAUGUAUGAACUGUUUAAGAAAAGGUAUAUAUAUGUAUACUUUUAGUACGAACGAAUUUCAACUACUGAUUAGUAAUUUUAUAUUGAACACACUUGUGGCCUUUAUUGAUAUACAUAUAUUGAAGUACUAAUAAUCUGUAAUAUGAUAUACAGGGUGUCCCAGAAAGAGUGUUAAUCCUUUAAGGGGGUGGUAGCUGGGCUGAAUCUCAACAUUUUCCUUUGCGAAAAUGUUGUUUGAAGCUUCGUUUUUGAAUUAUUAAGGAAAACCAUUGGCCAAUCAGAGUGCGCAUGGCGCGCGGGCUCAGGGACGGCAGCUUCGACUUCUGAUCUCGCGCGCUAUGCGCGCUCUGAUUGGCCAGUGUUUUUCCUUAAUAAUUCAAAAACAAAGCUUCAAAGAACAUUUUUGCAAAGAAAAAUGUUGUUCAGAAUCAUCCCAGCUACCACUCCCUUAAAGGACUAACACUCUUUCUGGAACACCCUGUAGAGAGACGUAGGAAUAUUGCGCGACUCUUUGUAUUGCAUACCUUCAACAUAAGGUAAUUGCGCGGUUCCUAUAAAGAAAAAAAAAACAAUGGAUAGGUAUCAAGAAUUUUGAAAGUAUGAAAGGGUGAAUGUGAGAGAGAAUGCGACAAUAAAGAAUAACGUAA